AUGCUGCGCCUGCCAGAUGGCCAGAUCUUCACCGUCACGCCCGUCUUCGCCGGCGUCGGCUUCCGCAGCCAUGAGCACAGCGCGCACCACCACCCGUACCCGGUCGGGUGGACGACGGUGCUGCACACGGAGGAACGUGUCCCCGUCGGCGGCGAGGCUGGCGGCGGCAGCGUCAGCCUCGGCCAUAACCGCAGCCAGAGCUACCGACAGAGCUUCAGCCAGAGCCGCGAGGAGGUGACGACGCCGACGACGCCGUCGACGCCCGUGACGCCCAUGACGCCCAUGACGCCCUCAAGGGUGGCGAGCAAACGGUACAGCUCGAGCUCCAACGCGAGCAUCGGCUCCGCCUUCGGUCCGCCGGCACGCACGAGGACGAGGCCCUUCACGGAGCCGACGCUCGACGGGGACGUCCUCUUCAUCUCGUCCAUCUCGAACCCAUCGAGCGCCGAGUUCAAGCCGGCGGCGAGCCCGACCCGCCAGCUCGCCAUGAUGCUCUGGGUCACGCUCUACUGGUACUUUCACCAAGCCGAGCCGCCGAGGCGCAGCAGGCACAGGCCCUCGCACCAUCAUGGCCCCGACUGGAGGAUCAGGAUCCGGCGCGACGGCAUCCUCCGCGGCCGCAACCUCAUCCCCAAGCUCGAGCGCAUGGGCCUCAUCGCCUGCGAGGACAGCACCGUCGGUGCCGACGGCGACGAGGCGGCCGACGGCGACGGCUGGGGCCACAUGUUCGCCUCGCGUCGCAUGUUCUGGCAGAUCCCCGGCCGCCUCUUCCUCUUCUCCCUCCAGCCGGCCCGCGUCCCCUCGUCGUCCUACCCGGGGUCCCCCGUGGGAAGCCGGCCGAGCUCGCCGAGCCGGCUCGAGGCCCGCGGUCCGCCCCCGCAGUCGCCCCCUCAGCGGUUCGACGCCGACUUCCCGAGCAUCCCCGUGCCGCCGACGCCGACGACGCCGGGGUCCUUUGCCGCUUCCGCCUCGGGAUUCCUCCACGGCCCCGGCUUGGUCUCGGCCAUUCCCGUCGGUCCCUUCCAGUCGAGCUCCCACCUGCCGACCUACUACCCGCCGGCGCCGCUGCAGUACGUCGUCACCGACGGCGUCCGGCACCCCCUCCGGCCGAAGCCGCCGCGCAUGGGCGAGGUCUUUUACACGCGCUUCGUGCCGAGCCACGGCCAGUACCUCGCCUUCCGCGUCGCCUCGUGCUCGCCCCAGCCGGUGGCCUACCUCGGCCCCGUCGGCCCCAAGCCGCCCGUGGUCGGCGGUGGCAUGUCGUCGAUGAGCGACAACGCGCUGCUGCAGUCCUGGCACGUCAUCCCGCGCAUCCGCGAGUUUUGGGGCGACUACGACGGCCAGGCGCUCGCCGCGAGGCUCCGCGACAAGCACGCCUUCCCCGUCAUCGGCCUCUGGGACGGCGUGCCCUUUGGCUACUUUGAGAUUUACUGGGUCAAGGAGGACAUGCUCGGCCGCCAGGUCGGCAGGGACAGCGCCGACUGGGAUCGCGGCCUUCACGUCAUGAUCGGCGAGGAGUGGGCGCGGGGCAGGGUGCCGGCCUGGCUCACGGGGCUCGUUCACUGGUGCGUGACGGCCGACAUCCGGACCAUGAGCAUCUGCCUCGAGCCGCGCGUCGACAACCACAGGAUGAUGCGCCACCUCGAGGCCCUCGGCUUCACCAAGGAGAAGCUCGUGACCUUUCCCCACAAGAAGGCAUGGUACAUGAAGUUGAAGAGGGAACUGUGGGAGGGGCCGGCAUUGUGA